AUGGCCAGCUGCACGGGUAUCCUGCUUCAGUCCUUUGACACCUUCUCGGCGUGGAAGGACGGCUUCUUAGAGGCGUGCCCCUACCGCGCAUUCUACUCGCGCUCCAACUUUGACGACGUGGACGCUGAGCUACGCGCCUUUAGCCAGUCUCUUGUCGCCAACGGCCUAGACGAGCGCGUGCAGGCAGCUCUCGAGGCGUUUAUGACGCAAGGGCGGCUCCGACGCGCCAGCGAAGCGCACGCGUACCUCGCCUCUGCGAUCCAUCUGCGUCUCCACAGCAUCGUCACUGGCACGAGCGAUGCGCGUGAGCUCUGGGUGUCGUUGCUCGCCAAGGAGUAG